CACAAAUGCACAGACGAAAAAGUAAACAGAUGAUUUUCUAGACACUCUUCUCCGUAUUUUAGAUAUUGUCGCGUCAUUGUUAAAAGACAACCCGUAAAUCUUACAAUAUGUCCAGUGCAAGGAAAAGAAAUAAAAUGGGAGAGAUAAAGUCUGACUGUCCUUCACCAACCACCAGUCCUAAAGCAUCUAAAGACUUUGUUAGAACUCAAGUCUGUGGGCCAGCCCCUAAGAGUACAGAUGAAGCCGCCCAAAAAGAAAGAGAUCAGAUCGAUUACUCAAUCAAAAUUAGUUUGGAUGAUGCUAAGGCAGGCAGAGCUCCCAGGCGAGUACGAAUCUACGCAGAUGGCAUCUAUGAUAUGUUCCAUUCUGGUCAUGCUAGACAACUAAUGCAGACAAAAAUAGCGAUACCUAAUUCAUAUCUUAUAGUUGGUGUGUGUAAUGGUGAAUUGACGCAACAGAUGAAGGGAAGAACAGUAAUGGAUGAAAAAGAAAGAUACGAAGCUAUACGACAUUGCCGUUAUGUGGAUGAGUUAGUUACAGAUGCUCCAUGGACUCUAACUGAUGAAUUUUUAGAGAUGCACAAGAUAGACUUUGUUGCCCAUGAUGAAAUUCCAUAUGGAGCGGUAGGUUCAGAUGAUGUGUACGCUAUGAUUAAAGAAAGAGGGAUGUUUUUAAUUACAGAGAGAACGGAAGGGAUAUCAACAACAGAUAUCAUAGCCAGAAUUAUUAAAGAUUAUGAUGUAUAUGUUAGAAGAAAUCUUAGUAGAGGAUAUAGUGCUAAAGAGCUCAAUGUUAGCUACAUGAGGGAGAAAAAAAUUAUUUUAGCAGAAAAAUAUAACACUAUGAAAGAUAAAGGAAAAGAAUUCAUUGAUAAAUGGGAAGACAAGUCUAAAGAAUUCAUUGGUAACUUUUUAGAAAUGUUUGGAAAAGAUGGAAGAAUAACCUCUUGGAUAGCAGAAAAUACAGAGAAAGUAAAACUAGCCAUAUCACCUCCCGCUAGUCCUGUUCCAGGUGCAAGUGAUGAAGAUGAUGAUGAUGAUGAUGAAGACGAUGAUGAUGAUGAAUACCAGGAAGCUUCAUCACAUUCCCCUCCAUCACAGAGUCCGCCAUCCAAAAGAGGUAGAACUCAAUCUCCUGUUGUUGGUGCUACUUGUUCUAAUUAUGAUGAAGAAAUGGAGCAUGAAAGUGUAUAAUAUAUCAUAAUAUUGUUAUUUGGAUAUUGCUGGUACACAACAAGCAUUGAUUGUUAGUCCGAUAGUUGUAUCUUGCCAGGAAUGUAUGUUGUUAUUUUGAUAGGAAUGUAUCUAAUUUGUUAUUAGUUAAGUACAAAAUAUGUUAUUGUUAAUAGGGGACUAAGGGAUCUAAAAGUUUAGAGACUAGCAUUAAUGGACCAAAAAUAAAGAUAUAGUUGGUAUACAAAAUGUUAUGUAAAUUUUAAUAUGUAUUUUAUCAAGUUUUAAUAUCCAUUAUUGCCUCAUUAUUAUUAAUAUUUCUUUCCUUGUAUCAUUAUCCAUUUUGAUCUCCUUUAAAAUUUAGAAAUCCAUAAGGAGCCAGUUGUUUUUGAUGAGUACAUAAUUAAAAUUAAAAUGUUGGCUUGCAUUCUAUAUUUCUGUUGACAGAAGUGGGAUUUCUUUAAGAAGUCAGAAUCAUUACAUAAAUUUUAAUGAAUGAAUCAAACAUUAAUGUUCUUUACUUGCAGUGUUUUUUAUGAAGUAAAUGUGUCUUUGUCUAUUUUAAUUUACAUUAUAUUCAAAUCAGUAUUUAAUGUCUAGGUUCAAAUCUUUAAAAAUGUUGCAUUGAAGAUUUGAACGAUCAGUCUAAUAUAUUUGUAUUGUAUAUUAUUUGUGUCUCGUUGUGCUUAAGUUUGAAUUGUCUUUGGUGGUGAAAUGUAAAUCCAUGACUUGAAAAAAAAUAUGACUUGAAAAAAAUAGGCAGUCAAUGAAGCAGGAAAGGUAACCUCUGAAAUCACAUGAAAGUUAUGAACGGUUUUAUGUUAUACAGAACCAGAAAAGAUACAAGUAUUUAUACUCUUACAUUGUAAUUUAUAUAAUUUAUGUCGUUGAUUUUUAAUAUUUUUUUAUUAGAUAUUUAUAAAUUUUAAAUUGUUAUUCAUAAACUGUUACAUUUAUUGUUUGUGUGUAAAUGUAUUUCCCUCAGUUGUCCUGAUGAACUUAGCAAUAUAUAUUCCAAGUAAGAGGGUGAUUCCUGCUAAAGCAACAUAGGGCUGAAAUUCCGUUAAAGUGACAGUAUCCCAGUAAUAAAAUUUAAAAAAAAACAGAAAAGGAAAAAAAAGCAAAUGUUAUCUUUGGUAUCUACAGUAAGUCUUUAAUGUUAAAUGAAAAAUUUUGUUAUGGACAUUUAACAAAAAGAACAUUUCAAAAGCCUUGUGUUUAUAAAUCUUAAUGUUAGUAAAUUGUAAAUAGAUAUAUGGUGUCUUGUUCUCAGUUAAACGUAUCUUCAAAGAAUCCAUUCAAAAUAGCAUGUAAUACAUAAUAAUUUAUAGCCAUGUGAAAACUUCUCAAAGUUUUUUAUUUUUUUUUUACAUAUUUCUAGAUAAAUUUUGUGUUAUAAUUUGAGUUUGUUGGUGAAUAUGAUUACAGUAUUCCAUAUAUUAUUUACAUAUUAUUUGUACUGCUUUAUCAGAUGUGCCAUUUAAAUUACAUUUUUUUCUACUACAUUUGUACUGUCCUUUAAGCUUAUAGUGUAUAGAAUUAUUGUAAGGUGUACAUAUCCAUCUGACAUGAUUCAUUGAAUCUUGACCUAAUUUUCAUGGUUCUUUGAACAAUCUUAAGUUUUCAUGACUAGUCAUUUUCAGUUACUAUAAGUAAUAAUGAGUCAACUGCAUUUGGUCCAUAGAAUGCUUGCUGGAUCAUUAAGAAUGUUGUAAAAAGUUGAUCUCAAAGACUUUCAACAUAUAAUUUAAAAUAAUCAGUAAAGCAGGAAAGAAAUUUUAGUGUGUCCACUCUUGUUAUUCAUUUGGUAUUACAACAUUUUAGUGUAACAUCUUAAUGUAAAAUCUUUUGUUUCUAGAAGUUUUAUAACUUAUAAAAGCGAGUUAUUUUAUAUUUUAAGAUUUUCCUUUCAUUUCAUGAAGAGUAAGUAUUUUACUAUUGAGGAAGUAACCAUUAUAAUUGUUCCCGAAGAAGAAAUUGUAAAAUUUUUAUGCUUUAUUCCACAUUUCAAAUAUGUGAUUAUUUCAACAUUUACGCUUUCAAAUUAAAUUAAUUCCACAACACAUGUUAAUCUUUAAAGAUCUUCUAUUAAGAACUGUAUAACAAUAAUAUGCAUUUAUUUGUUGUCUAAAGUAUUGAUUGUCAGAACAUGCCUCAAUUGUUUUUAGUUAUUUCAUUUGCAUAUUUCAGUCUAUUCCUAUCAUGUGCAAUAUCAGUUUACGUUUUGUUAGGAAAAUGCUAUUUUUUUUAAAUAAAGCCUUAUCACAAUU